UUUGUCGGUUUUCCCGGUCAGGCGCUCUGCGGACAGCUAAACCCGCUCUGCGUGUGACGUGCAGGACCUCCUCCUCCGACACACAGCAGCAGUAAUGGCGGACUACGACAGCUACGACGAGCGGGACAGGGCCUACGGUAGCUUCGGCGGCGGCAGAGGGCCCCGUGGAGGCGGCGGCGGAUCCGGAGGUCCCAGGAAGCAGAAGGAGCUGCCGUCAGAGCCUCCGUUCACGGCGUACGUGGGAAACCUGCCGUUCAACACGGUGCAGGGAGACAUCGACAUCAUCUUCAAAGAGCUCAAAAUCCGCAGCGUCCGAUUGGUCAGAGACAAAGAGACAGACAAGUUCAAAGGUUUUUGUUAUGUUGAGUUUGAAGAUUUGGAAUCUCUAAAAGAGGCUCUGACGUACGACGGAGCUUUGUUAGAUCAAAGGUCACUGAGGGUGGACAUCGCAGAGGGACGAAGGCAAGAGCGAGGAGGAGGAGGCUUCGGCUUCAGGAAAGACGACGGCAAAGGACGAGGAGGUUCUCGAGGAGCCCCCAGAGGAGGUGGUGGAGGAGGAGGAGGAGGACGUGACUACCGCGAGGACUACGACCAACCAGGAGGAGGUGCGCUCAGAGAGUUCAGCAGCUCAGGUUUUAGAGAUGAUGACUACAUGGGAGGGCGGAGUCGAGGCGGUGGUGGCGGUCGCCCCGGUGACAGACGGGGGGGAGGUUCAGGAGCAGGUCGCUUCAGAGACGGACCCCCCCGCGGAGGAACAACAGACUUCAGGGAACCGUCUGAAGAGGAGCGUGCACAGCGGCCUCGGCUGCAGCUGAAGCCGCGGACCGUCUCCGAGCCACUCAACCAGGUUGCCAACCCGAACUCUGCCAUCUUCGGCGGAGCCAAGCCACGAGAGGAGUCCUGAUUCAUUUCAGUCAGCAGCCACGUCCCCCUGACCAGACGGUGGCGCCAACACAACAGAAAAGAAGAAAUUUAAAGGUUUUUUGUGCUCUUUGGUUACUUGAGAAGCCGAGUUAAAAGUUUUGAAUGGUCCAAGUUGUCAUGUUGCCGUGAAGCUUGGCAGGCUGAGCGGAAGGUGGACGGCGAACUGGUCCAGGUGAAUGUUUUCAGGUGUGGAUCAGGUGAUCAGGUUUAAAGCUUCCGGUUCGCUCUGCUUCGCUUUCAGGACGUUUGUGUGGCUGAGAAACCGUUUGAUUUGCUCUACUGUACCACAGAAUAAAACCGGCUGUUUUAACUUGUUUUCCCCCUUUUUGUUCAUUUUUCCUACACUGUAUAUGGCAAUAAAACUAUCAUCAUCAUCUCCAUCA